AUGCUGGCCCGCAGCUUCGGGCGGGAUGAGAUGGCAGCGUCGAAGGUAGUGAAGAGGCUCUUGGCGAGUUCCCAGCUGCUGACCACCAGGGCUCGUUGCACGCCCAGCCGAAUCGUGAAGAUUGGCCCGUAUGUGACUGAAAGAUUGGCCAGUUUGAAGUGGGGGAGCCCGCCGGUGGGGGACAAGAGGUGGAGGUGCCCUGUGAAUAGCCGUGCGCCGCCGACUUCUGGCGGGGAUUUUCGUGUGCUGGUUUUCGGGCUACCGCCUCAGAAAGUAGAACAAGGCCAAAAGUGCGGCAAUGAUGCCAUUCGUAGGAUGCGGUGUAAAAUAGAUUACAAAGUCACGUUGAGUCGCCAUCGGUCUUUUGCCUCUUUGGGCCUCCCUCUUGAGCCCACCAUCUCCAAGCCCAUUUCAUACAAUCCCUCUAAACCCCAGCCCACCCCCUCUAUCUUACCCUCUCGCCCAAACCAACCCAAUAAGCUAACCCAAACACAUCCCAACACCCACCUUAUCACAGCCCAAACACAACCCAUCUCUCCCAACCUAAACCACCAACCCACCAGCGCAACCUCAGGCCACCUCAAAAACAACCCCCCAGCCCACUCUCCCCUCAACCUCUUAGACGCUCCACCCCCUCCGGCCUCCACCUCUGCGACAACCCUUCUGCCACCGGCCAGCGCCACUACCUCGUCGCCGACCGGCGGCCUCAGCACAGGCACCGGUCCUCUCCCAUCCUCCGGCUGCACCCCUUCGAACGGUAUUCUUGGUCGGGGACCCGUUUUUCAGAUGGGUAAACACACCAAUGGGACCACUCUUCUGGAGACAUUCGGUCCAACCUCUAGUGCCGUUUCCGGCAGCCCUCACCCUUUCGGAGAAUCUUCUAAG